AACUUCACACCCAACGAUCCUCGUACACCGCUCACUCAGACACAGCCUUCGCACAUGAGCCCUAACACAGAACUUGCUGUCUAUGGAGACGCUCAGAUGUCAGGUACGACACCCGCCAAGUAUAUGGCUGCGGGGGCUCGACCAGCAUCACCAUUACCACGGAAGACAGACCCUGUCUACCUUGCUCCACCCGUUCAAGUCGGAUCUCAAUCCACCUCUACCUCUGCCGGCAACGUCGCAGUUAAUAACCCUCCCGCACCCUUUAACCAGGCACAAAAUUCCCGUCAGCGCCCCAGUACAGACAUCUUAGAUGUGCACGUGUCAUCUGGAAGUCAGUCUAUGUCAUCAGCUAACGCGCAAACAACCUACCAACCUCCUACUCAAAUCAUCGUUCAUACCGACGCUAAUGAUGUUAUGCCAGACGAGAAUGGUGUAGUUGAACUUCCGCCGCAGUAUUCAGAGCAUUGGGAAAUGCAUGCUCACUAAUCUGAGCCUGGGUCAUGAUUACGUCCC